AUGCAAAGCAAAUUUUAUUAGAUUUCAUUUGGGCUAACUUUUGAAAUUAUUUAUUAAAAUAUUAAACAAGAUUCUAGAGAGGGAAAAAUAAAAAAUAAAACAUAAAAACUUAGAUGA